AUGCUUAAAAUUUCAAAAAUUUUACCAGUUUUGGUAAUUUUAAUUGAAUUUGUUAAUUGUUACGAUUACCAAAAGCCUGAAUUAAAAUUAAGUUGUGGAGAUGCACUUCCAAACCUCAUAAAGCGUAAGGUUGCUCGUGGAGUAUUUUUCUACACUUACGAUGACAAUUACGAUGGUAGAAAAGUUGAAAUGCAUGAAUUGAACUUAGAGACAUUCAACAAACUUAUUUCAUCAAAGGAUUAUGUAAAAACACCAGCAGUACUAAAAAGCACAUUUGAUCUUAUAGCCUUUUUUGAUGGUCGAUGUGAGACAUCAAUUAAAUGUGAACGAAUCCAACAAGUAUGUCUUCCAUGCAGUAAGAAUUUAACAACUACAACAUCUUCUCCAUCCAAAACAUCCUCAACUACAACAUCCAAAUCCCCAACCAAAUCAUCAGCUCCCACUUCAACAAUGCCCGCACCAUCAAACAUUGAAAUUCUUCAGAAAGUUUCAACAAUUUUUAAAAAUCUUGCUCCACAGUUAACGGAUCAGCAACUUAAUGAGAUCGUGAUUGCACAUGAACACUUGAACAGAUACACACAAAACUGGACAGCUUCUCAAUUACACGAGAUCUUAACAAAAAGCUCCAUAAUUUCACAAAACGAAGUUCAAUACCAAAAUACAUCCGUGAAUGCAGUUAUGAGAUUUUCAGACGAAAUUAAGCAGCACAUGAUUAGCUACACAACUGAAAUUGAUCCUCACAUGAGUUUAGAAAAUAUCUUAGGCAUGAUUGGUGUUGUUGAAGAAAUCGGAACUGCUGCUAUGAGGUACCUUACUUUUGAUCAGUUCCGAACAUUAAGAGUUACUGUUAUUUCCGAAUUAUCAAAAAAUAAUGAAGUUGUAGCAACAACAAAAACUGUUCCAACCACUAAGGCUUCUACAGCCUCAAUAGCUACGCGUCUAGCAACCACAAAAACCAAAAAUUCCACAACUAAAACAACUGAACGUCCAUCAACCACCAAGACAUACAUAGCACCACCUAAAAAUUCGCAAAAGCCAUACACUCGUUGGAUUGGACAGACUUACAGACAGUUUACAGGAUAUUAUUCAUUUGGAUAUACUUGGAACCCAUUUACUAGUGGACAUUCAUGGCGAACAAGGACAUUUACGUCCAGAACAACGACAACAACUGAUAGAUAUGGACAAAGGGGAAUUUAUAAAACUUUUAAUCCUGUCAAAAUGAAUGAAUAA